UAGUUUGACUUUUUUGUUGUGGUUCAAGAUCAAGACAAUUUCUUGUUUGAAUAGUAAAAUAAAAUGGAUCAGUUAGAACAAAAUGAGUUGAAGAAUUCUUUGGAGUCACUGCUCUCUACCCUUCAAUGUCCAGUCUGCCUCUGCCUUCUAGAUAGACAGUCUGUGCUUUGUGUCAACGGUCAUGCAGUCUGUAAAAAGUGUAUGGAUAAGUUGAUGUCUACUACAAAACAGAAUGCCUGCCCAAAAUGCCGCAAUGGCCUCUCAAACUUGCAACAAAAUACAGUGUUCUCACAGAUUUUGGAGAUUCUACCUCAUUGCUGCCGGUUUGAUAGAUGUUCAUAUCUAGUGAAGCCAGGUGAUGACCAUGAGACCUUUUGCCGUUUCCGGCCGACAGAGUGUAAAUUUCCAAACUGCAGUUGGUUUGGGUCAGUUGAGAACAUUCCGUUCCACAUAGAAGACAAACAUCCCCUGGAGAAAAUAUACUCUGGAACUAAGCAUACAUUGAGUACUCCCCAAAGUUAUGUUGAUGGUAAAGGCGUAUUGCUGUUCUCAGCUUGUGGGCAUUAUUUUUGGCAAAGAAUGAAACCAUACUCAAGCAGGGAAACCCCAUCAUCAAAUUGCUUGGAUGACGAGUAUCGGUUCAGCUUUCAUCCAGUAUUUGUGGGUAAACCGACUUGUGACGUUUAUAUAAGGAUUUGGUUCCGAUCAGAAGACAAAGAAUUUUUCUCUUCUAUGAAAUUCAAGAUGGAUCAAAACAAUGCCACUGGAAACUCCUUCUAUUUUCCUCGAUCAAUGAUUUUCAGUUUCAUCACUGAUAAUGAGUUGAAAUAUGAUCUAAUGAUAACAGAGGUAAGGAAUGAUGCAGUCAAAUCACUGAUUGAGUAAGCUUAAGUAGUACAUUUGACAUCUCUUGCGAAAGCGAAGCUUGUUGUGGUGGAAUAAUUCCCACUGCUCCAGCAAAAAUUUGAGUAUCUUACCUCGUAAGCACACUUGACAACUUUCGCGGACGCACAGUUGAAAACUUCUUCUCAUAUCUGCCAUGGGAGAUCUUAGUAGAAGUUUUUCGUUUGUGGUGCACCUACUUGAUAGGUGUGUGCAGCGCUGCGGCAGCGAAAACGGCGACGGGCAGACAACUGUGCUCUUCAAGUAUUUUCGGGACCUCUUUUAUAUUUUCCGGUACUCUUGUGUUAUCUCGGCCCAGUUUCUUUAGGCCCAAACUUCCGCUAGUUUUGCCAAAUGCUCAGAAAAAGAUAAAGAAAAAGCUUUCCACUGCACUGUGCUUGGCUUCCCCGAGUGUUGCCAAGUGUAGUGUUCUACAACCUUUAGAUUUUGUACUGAUAAGUUGUGCUGUGUGUAGGCGGCUUUUCAUUUGAUUGCAAGCAGUAGCAAUCCAACAGUAAUUUUAAACAUUAAUUCAAUAUAUGAUUUUAUAUGUAUAAGUUAUGAUAUAACCAAUGUAAAUGACUAUAGAUCAUUAGGAUUUUCUCAGUUAUCUUUAAAAAAUAUAAAAUAUAACUAAAAAACAGUAUGAAGAGGAGUGUUGUUGACAGUAAUUAUUAUUUUAAUUUAAGUUAUAUUCAAUGUUUUAUAAGGUACCUAUGAUUUAUUUGCUGUACCUACCUUCACUUUUUAAAUUGCUAAAAUAAAUAUAUCUUUUUUACGUUGCUUUUUUGUUCUUAUAAGCUCAAACAUGUCAGUCAGUGAUAUCAAUGGAUUGUUCAGAGAAAAUUUCAGGUUGUAUUAUGUUGCAUUUCCUUUUCUUCACAGAUUUUAAAGCAGUUUGCUCUUAUGUUGAUGUGUGGUUGCAGGCUUUAUGUUAUAGUGUUGUUUUAAAGGACUUUCUUCAAGGAUCUAGGAAUGAAAUAAAACUAAAGUUACUUAUUUAAAAAACUUGUUUGUUCAAAUUUUUAAUAGAUAGUUGGUUCAAAUUUUAAGUCUUAUUAUAAAAUUGAAAUAGAAUUUAACUCGUCUUCUUAUGAAUAAACGGGCUAUUAGUUAUUGGCUAAGAGUUUAUUUAGUUAAUUUUUACUAUCUAAUAUUCUUCAAGUAUCUAAUUUUCAGUCACAAUUAAGGGUUUAAACUAUCAAAAGAAAAAUUAUAAAAAGUCUUUACUAUUUAUGCAUUUUAAAACUUAAUUUUGUGUACAUUUAUUGGAAAAUAUCUUUUUGUCUUACACAAUAAGUUGAUUUACUGAAACUGAUGUAAGUUUUCAUACAGAAAAGUAACCUAACUAUUGAUUAUAAAUUCGUGAUCACCUACUAUACCGCAUUUUCCAGUUACUUUAUUACUUAAUACAACAUCUUACCUUACUUUGUAAACAAUUUUGAAUACAAUAGUAUUGCUUCCCAAACAUUAGAAUUUGUCACAAGAGCUGUUAGAGGAAUGAAAAACUGACUUUCAUUAUUAUUAACUAUUACCAAAAUGGUUAAGUUGGAUUGAGUGACUUGUCGCUCUUAAAAUUUCUCUCAAAUUAUUACUGAUUAACAUGAUUAUCUGAUUUGUAACUCAGUAUAUAAACUUGUUUGAUUUUAUGUUUUUUACAAGCCUGUAAUUUAUAUUUCAU